AGUAUAUAUAUUAAUCUGAAAAAAAUCAGUUAAUACUGAAAUAACGUAUAAUAAAAAUAAAAUAUACACAUCCCAAAAUCAUUGCUGGUGCGAAAAAGCUGAUUCGUAAUCUCCAAUUCAAAAUCAAGUGAAGACUAAGCUCUCUAGGACUUUAUGUUCCAUUCCGAGUCGUUAAAAAUCAAAAGACAGAAAAGCGCCACAAGAAACGGUACAGAAAGCCAAACUGUUCAGAGACUAUAACGAUCUCAACUCAGUCCCAGUUAAGUAUUUACGUGCACGGCCACGUAAAUAAAACAAAGAAAUGAGAAUUUUAUAAUCGGAACGAAAAGCAAAGAAAUCACCAUACAGCCAAAGAAAAAGCCAACAAAUUGCCUUGACGGUCCUCCUACAACACAAGCAAUUACAAUAAGCUUUUAAAAACGGUCAUUAGCCUUUACAUAUUUUUUCCGAAAAGUUCCAAAAUGGCCACCGUCAACGUUAACCGUAGUGUGACAGAUAUCUUUUAUCGAUAUAAAAUGCCGCGUCUUCAAGCAAAGGUAGAAGGUAAAGGCAACGGCAUCAAGACAGUUUUGGUUAAUAUGGCUGAAGUUGCACGCGCUAUUGGUCGUCCGGCCACCUAUCCGACAAAGUACUUUGGCUGUGAGCUGGGCGCUCAAACACUUUUCGAUCAUAAGAAUGAACGGUUUAUUGUUAAUGGAUCGCAUGACGUCAACAAGCUUCAGGAUUUGUUGGAUGGCUUCAUUCGAAAGUUUGUUUUGUGCCCUGAAUGCGAUAACCCAGAGACUAAUCUGACCGUAUCAGCAAGGAACCAGACAAUCUCGCAGUCCUGCAAGGCAUGCGGCUUCCAUGGUCUGCUUAAGGUGAACCACAAAGUGAACACAUUCAUUGUGAAAAAUCCACCAUCACUUAACCCAGCCGCUCAAGGUUCCUCGCUCACUGAAGGGAAACGCUCGAAAAAGCAGAAACAGAAGAACGAAAACUCUGAUGGCUCCAUGUGUAACAACUCAAUAGCCAACAACUCUGGCGGAGAGUCGGACGGCGGCAAUGGCCCCAAUCAGGCCAGCCAAACGGAGGCUGAAAUAAGCGCGGCCAUUCCGGAGAAAAAUAUAGGUGAAGACGAUGAUGAUGGCUGGAGCGUCGACGUGUCUAAGGAGGCCAUACGCGCGCGCUUACAAGAUCUAACCGAUGGUGCUAAGGGCAUGACAAUUUCGGAGGACUACGACAAGACAGAAAAGGAACGCAUUGAUAUCUUUUAUGAAUUGGUGAAAAACAAGCGUGACAAAAGAGAGCUGGAGGAUGUUUCUGUACACAAGGAGCUGCUGAUCGAAGCCGAACGAUUGGACAUAGUUAACAAAUCCCCGCUGGUUCUCGCUGAGCUUUUGUUCACUGAGAACAUUAUUAAUGACGUUCGCAAAAACCGCAUCUUGUUACUUCGCUUUACUCAUAAUAAUCCAAAAGCACAGCGCUAUUUAAUUGGCGGCAUCGAGCAAACUGUCGAGCUACAUACGAACACGCUAAUGAGCAAGGUCGCCGGGAUCUUCAAAAUCUUUUACGAUUUGGACAUACUCGAUGAAAAAGUGAUUCUGGACUGGGCACAGAAAGUGAGCAAACGACAUGUUUCCAAGAAAAUUGCCACCGAGAUACAUGAGAAGGUAAAGCCGUUUGUACAGUGGCUCAAAGAUGCCGAAGAAGAAGAUUCCUCCUCUGGAGAUAAUGAUGAUGCUGCUGGCGAUUCUGAUGUGGAGAUUGAGUACGAUGAUCGGGCUCGCAUUGAACCAUUAAAGGUUGCCGUAUCCUUGGAACGUGGGCUUGGCGUUGCCGUUAGUAAGAAAGUCCAGGAGGAUGAGGAAGGAGAUGAAAUUGAUAUAGACGACAUAUAGACAACCACAAAACAUCACCUGCAAUGUUUUUUUAAAAUGGAAUCGCAAAUGUUCUAAACUUUGAAGUAAUACGAUGUUGCUUUCCUUUGAUUUACAGCUUUGCUAAAUUUCGAUUGUAAGCAUUGCAUAAAUUAACCAGCUAUAAAAAAAUAAGUUAAUUGAACUUAAUUACAUCUGCAUAUAUACACAAAAUAAAAAAUUCAACAGAAUGUAAUAGAAACCAA